UCUGAACUAGUGCCACUAGUGCAGCCAGUUCAGCUAUAAAGAACAAUCCUAAAUAUAAAUUGAAAAGCAAGUACACUAUACGUCAAUAACACUAUAAAAAAGAUUUUCUUUAUUUUUUUCUUUAAAAGUCUUCAAAGUAUAAAUAUAUAAUGCACAGUAAAAUAUUAAUUUACUCUGCUGAUGUAAAGAGAAAAUUAAGAAUCUAAUUAUACUCGUACAAUAUUCAACAACGUUCUUUAAAUUUAUCAAUUAUUCCAAGUUUUUAAUGUUUUAAAAAUGUGUUUCUUCGAUUAAAAUACAGAUCAACAGGUAUAUAUAAUCCAUUGUUAUAUAAAACCCUGAGAUUAUGUCCACUUUGGAGGAUAAAAUUUUGGGAGAGAAGUUGCACUAUUACUGCAGCAGUUCGAGCGAAGAUGAGGGAAAUGAUGAUUCUGGAGAUUCCGAUAAGGAAUAUAAUGAUGUGAAAUGCACUGAGGACACUGCGCAAUAUGCUGCACCUGCAGAAUGGGAUGGAGUUUCCAACAAUACAGGACCUAAAGGUGUCAUAAAGGAUUGGCAAAGAUAUAAGCAACUAGAAGCAGAAAAGCGAGAAUUACAAGAGAAAGAAAAGUUGGAGUUAAUUAAAAAACUGAGUUUAACAUGCCGCAGUGCUUUGGAUGAGGAGAAGGAAAAGCUGAAUGAGACAGAUCCAGAUCUGGUAAAUUUAUUGACUGAUGAAUUCCUGUUGGAAUAUCAGAAACAGAGAAUGAAAGAGAUGUUAGCAAAAACAGAGAAGCUUUGCUUUGGAAAAGUUAUUGAUUUAGAAAAUGCGGAUCAAUUUUUGCAAGCUAUUGAUGAAGAAGAUAAAUCAGUGACUAUUAUUGUUCAUAUUUAUGAAGACAAUGUACCUGGCUGUGAAGCUAUGAAUGGAUGCUUGAUAUCUCUUGCUGAAGAAUAUCCUCAUGUGAAAUUUUGCAGAAUUCUAGGAUCAAUUGCAGGCCUCAGCAAACAAUUCAAAAAGUACGGUGUGCCAGCAUUGUUGGUAUAUAAAAAAGGACAAAUUAUAGGGAAUUUUGUACAUAUGACAGAUCAUCUGGGAAUGGACUUUUACUCAUCGGAUGUCGAGAUAUUUCUCAUUGAACAUGGAAUACUUGCAGACAAAAAUUGUGUACCUCUCAUCAUUUCGAAGAACGAAAACAAGACAUCUGAUAAUGAAUAAAAAGAAAAUUUAAUAUUGUCAUCUUUUUUAAGAUAAUUUAUCGCGAGAGAUCUUUUAAUUAAACGUGGAAUAAUUUAAAAUUAAAAACUAUACAAUAUAUAGGACGUUUAUCGAAGAAGAAUCGAAUAUAGAGAUUAUAAGAUAUAAAUGCAGAAAAAUAUUUAAUAUUUUAGAUACUCCUUUUAUUAUUAUCAAAAUAUCCUCCAAUUGUAUUUAAAAAUUUAUUUUAAUUUAUGUAAGAUACUUUUCUUUUUUUUUAUUGCAUUGCAAAGCUGCAAAUAGUUUUCCAAUAUGUUAUCAUAUUCUGUGUUUUUCAAACUAUCAUAAAGCUUCUUUAAAUCUUCUUUUUGACGAAUUUCAUCUCUGAUUGCCUUCAACUUUUCUUCAACCAGUUGAUUUAGCAUUUUAAAAGCGUCGAUUGUAGUUGGAGUCUCCUUGAACAUUCUGAUUGUACAAGAAAUAUUUGUUAGUUUUGCUUGCAAGUCAGCAACUUGUGCCUGCAGCAGUAAAUGCUCUGCCUUCUCCAAAUAUGCUUGGGUCAUAUCCUCAUAUUUCAUCUUAUUCCAUCUAUCAAUUAAUUUUGUAUAUUUCAGGGAAUCGCUUUUGCAUUGCAUAAUUAGUUCCUCAAUUUUAUUCUUCCAUUCUACUGCUGGUAUGUCAUAAUAUUCCAGGAAUUUAUUGUGCAUGUUGCACUCAUUGCUCUUCAAUGCCUUUUUGACAUUUCCUCCUAAUUCUUCAUAUCUGUAAUGUAUAGAAAUAAACACAAUAUAUUAAAAUUAUUUUAAAAAUAUUAAAAUUUAUGUACAUUAUAUACUAGAUAUUAGAUAUUUUGAUGUAUGUAUUAAACUGAUAAAAUUAUUCUUUAACUA